GCCGUUGGUCUCCAGCCAAAGAUCAGCCUGCUGAGUUGCCCAUGUUGAGAUCUCGGAAGUUGUCCCAACGCUGAAACCCUUAUCUUUAACCUUUACAACAGCAGAUUUGUUUGUUUGUUUUUUCGCGAGUUUCCAUAUUAUAUUUUUAGCCCAAACAUCUUAGAAACACCAUGGCUUACGUCCCAGGAAACCCGGUGACGGCUGUUGUGGAACGAAUUGAGAUCCAGAAGUUGCGGGAGGGAGAACAUCUAAUCCUGGGCUUCAGCAUCGGAGGAGGCAUAGACCAGGACCCUUUGCAGAACCCCUUCUCUGAGGACAAAACUGACAAGGGUGUCUAUGUGACCAGGAUAACACCAGGAGGACCAGCAGACAAGGCAGGCUUGAGGAAGGGAGACAAAAUAAUGCAGGUGAACGGCUGGGAUGUGACCAUGAUGACCCAUGACCAGGCUCGUAAAAGACUAACAAAAAAGAAGGAGGAUGUGGUGCGACUACUGGUAACCAGAAAGUCAUUGGAGGAAGCUGUCAAAAAAUCUAUGGGCCAUUCCUAUAAACAGUAAUAUUGUGGCACUACACUGCUAAUGCAAUCGCAAAGGACUGAACACACUCAUGUACUGAGCUCCCAGAUGAUGGUUGCACCAUGAACUUUAUAACCUGUUAAUGCAAAAAAAAAAAAACCACACUACCCACAUCAGACAUAUCCAGAUGCCUGAUCCUGCAUAAGUUAGUUCUUACUCAUUCUGAUCAGUCCUUUGACAGUGAGAGGGGAUGCUCUUCCUUUCCAUAAACACUCAAACUCAUCUCAGAGCUCUCUGCUUUACUUUUUCUAAGUCUUUGUAAUGUCCAUAUAUAUCUGAUAGAGUGAUAGAGAAGUAACUUAUGGCAAUAAGCAAGGCACUAUCAGAAAUGUGCAGCACUCCAAAACCUUCUCAGCUCUACAGGGCAGAAUUCACAGUGAGAAUAUGGAAUACUGAAAUUUCUUUCUUAGCAAAAAGUCUUUAAACCCACUGUUGGUGUCCAGUUAUCAUAUGAAUUGUAAGCGGAAAAACAACAAUGCUUGUCAACCUUUUUACAGGAAGCUCUCCCAAACCCACAUCAUCCAUUUUGACUGAUUUUUUGGGAAUCAACGUUUUUGCUCAUUUAAAAUGUCGCUGUAUGUAUUGUAAGUAUUGUUUAGGGUCACGAAAGAUGAAUAGUUUAUGUAGAUAUUUAUGGGAAUUUCCAUAAUUCCUGUUUAUCUGAACAACAAGGGACUGAAAUUAGUUUUGUUUCAUAAAGUGCUUGGGUAUUGGUGUCUAAAUAGUGUAGUAGAACAUUCUUGAUUUUCUCCCAUUUAGUAGAUAUUUGGAAAAAAUAUUCUCAAACCAUAGCUUAUAGGAGUUCUGUGGUAAUCAGUCGUCGUCUCUCUUUAUGCAAUGUGUAGGAUGUUUUUUGGGUUUUUUUCGAAACGCAUCUAUCAUCCUUUUUGCGUACAACUGACCAAAGAAAGGUUUGAAGGACUGGAAAAAAUACAGAAAGCUCAUUGCUGUUUAUUACAUCCUUUAUGAUCAGCAUUUCAUCUCAUUUAAUUAAUGCUGUCAUUCCAAUUAAGAUUAUAGUAUCAACUGCCAAAGUGAAAGCUAAGUCACUAUUAAGUGAUGAAAAUAUGUAAAGCAUUUUUUUUUAAAUACACAGUAUACACUUUUAUAAUAAUGUUUCUCCACCACUUAUCCCUUCACUGAUGUAUAUUUCCAUUGUAUUUAUCUUGUUUUUUGUUGACGUCUAUAACGUGUAGGAAAGUAGCAUCCUGUCUCUCUGCGUCUGCUAAAGAAACAACACAGUUUCUUCCAAGUUACUUCUAAGUCCCAUAUAAACAAUAUUCCACAAGCUGGACCUACUUUCAGAUGAUACCAUGUCACAUCAGUUUCAGUCCGUUCGCUUAAUCACCUUUAUCGGGUUUAGCAAGAGAAAGUUGGUAAAAUUCUGUUCUGAUGGAACCAAACCCAGUAGUUUCACACUGGAGUCAGCUACAUUCAGAUUGUGUCAAACCGUAAAAUGUUUUGAACCUGUUUAUUGUCAAUGAGCAGUCCAAGUCCAAGUCGAAACUGCAAACCUCAACCCAGCAGGAGUGAAUGUUUUUUGAUAACUCGGAGUGUAUGCAGCUGCUUUAAAUGAAUACUUAAAACCACUACGUUUAAUCAUAGCUAUUUGUUCAUAUGUUCUAUUUAACCAUUCCUCUGUUGUUUCCGCAGCACAAUGAUUUAGUGCCUCUGUCAUGCACUACGUAACAUUGCAGAUGAGUGAUUUAAUAUUAACUGUUAACAAUAUUUUGGUUUUGAAAAUUUACAGUACUGAAAUUGAUUUUACACUACUAACCUUAUAUCUGGAAGAUCUUAUUGGCUUUUUUUUUGUUAUUCUGGUGAUAUAAAAAUUAUGUUUUGUAUGGGUUUUAUAGACCAAUUUGAUCUGUAGUUUUCAAUCCAAAAUGAACAUUUUCUUGUGAAGAAAAAAAAAAAACAGCAUUAUUACUGGUAAAGUAAUCAUGCAGUGGGGAGGCAGCAAUAUCC